UUCCGCCCACGGGCAGGCUCGGGUGCUCACGGCGGGGUCUGCGGGGCGCGGGCGCCGGGCGCAGGGCAGAGCGCGCCGGGCAGCAUGGAGGGACUGGUCCUGCUCAGCGCCCUGGGCACCCGGCUGCUCUUCGUCCUGCACUCGCUGGUUGGAGUCUGGCGAGUGACCGAGGUGAAGAAGGAGCCAUGGUACUGGCUGCUGGCGCUGCUCAACCUCUUGCUCUUUCUGGAGACGGCGCUGACCCUCAAAUUCAAGCGCGGCAGAGGCUACAAAUGGUUUUCACCAGCCAUAUUUUUAUAUCUGAUUAGCAUUGUUCCAUCAUUAUGGCUUCUUGAAAUGCACCAUGAGACCCAGUAUUGCAGUAACCAAUCUGAAGGAAUGUCAAGGAAUACCAGCAGCAGAGAAGACUUCAAUCAAACUCUGUUGUCAACUGGACAAACCAACAGAGCGGAUGAUCUCAUUGAGACGGCCAAAGUUUUUGUAAAUAACUUAUCUACAGUAUGCGAGAAAGUCUGGACUUUGGGACUCCAUCAGACAUUCCUGCUAAUGCUAAUAAUUGGAAGAUGGCUUCUACCCAUUGGAGGUGGUAUCACUCGGGAUCAACUCUCUCAACUUCUCCUUAUGUUUGUGGGGACAGCUGCUGACAUCCUAGAAUUCACAAGUGAGACCCUGGAAGAAGAAAAUGUGAGGAACAGCCCUGCCCUGGUCUAUGCCAUCCUUGUCAUAUGGACUUGGAGCAUGCUGCAGUUUCCACUUGACCUGGCAGUGCAGAAUGUCGUGUGCCCCGUGUCCAUGACAACGAGGGGGUUCCCCAGCCGGUUCUUCUGCCACUACAGUGCCGACCUGUGGAACAUCGGAAUCAGCAUCUUCAUACAAGACGGUCCCUUCCUUGUUGUGCGGCUCGUAUUGAUGACCUAUUUCAAAGUGAUGAGCCAGAUGCUGGUGUUCUUUGCUGCCAAGAAUUUCCUGGUGGUGGUGUUACAGCUCUACCGCCUGGUGGUGUUGGCCUUAGAUGUCCGUGCUUCCUUGCGAAAUCAGCUAGAACGCCUGAAAGGAGAGCGCAGAUGCCCGGGUGUACCAGCCGAGAGUGGGGUCUCAUCUGGGGCCUGGGCAGGUGGUUCCAAGGAGUGCUUGGCUAUUCCUUUACAGACCUUGCCCGUCACCUCUGACGACUCUCACCCGACACCAUAGUUAGUCACAGACAGCAGCGUGCAGCUAGAAGUCUUGACUUUCUGGUUCUUCUUAAAGACAGAAUCUUCUCUCUCUCUUUUUUUAACCUUGGCAUAUAAUAAUUUUCAAAAGAACAACAUAAAAAGUGAUCUUAAACCAAAGCCAAGGAAUUUUCUUCUUUUAACAGAAUGAAAAGAACUUUGAUGAGUGGCUAUCGCGACAACUUCUGUGUGAUGGUAUCAGAUGUUAGAGUUGUUCAACGACUAAGUGAUUUGUUUGUCUUGAACUGUUUGAAAAGCUGUGGACAGGGUUACAGUGACAUGCCCUCCAGAGAUUUAAUGCAGACAAACUGUCGCGGCUGUUACCUGAAAAUAGAGAAGCUUUGAACUUUGGCUCUAUUGUCAGACGAUCUCAUCUGAUCUUUUCUGCAAUGUCCCUCUGACAU